AUGUUACACGCGCGUCUAUUCCUGCGCCUACUGCUGCACGAUGUCUCCACUGCUUCCUCUCGUGCUGCCCCCCACACUCUCUUCACUCCUACAUCUAUUGCUGCCACCCACCCUAUCUCUUCUCCUCUCUCGCUUGCUGCCACCCACCCUCGCUCCUCUCUGGCCCCUACUACUUCACCCUGUCUCUACUACUGCCUCUACUGCCACACAUUGUCUACUCUACUUCCUCUACUACUGCACCCUGUCUCCUCUCCUGCCUACUAUUGCACCUUGUCUCCUCUCCUGCCUACUGCUGCACUCGGUCUCCUCUCUUACCUAUUGCUGCACCUUUGCUCCACCAUGUCCCCUCUCCUGCCACUACUGCUGCACCUUGUCUCCUCUCCUGCCUCUAUUGAUGCACCCUCCCCUCUCCUGCUCAUCCAACCACCCACACCUUUUCCGCUCUUGGUGCCAUCUCCUGCCACCCACCUUGUCUACGCUCAUGCCUCACCUGCUGCCUCCCAUGCAGUUAUGCUUCCCUGCUCUUAG